CAAGAACGCACACACACGCGAGUACUUGCUACUGGCUAAUCGCCCUAGAGUCAUUGACUUUGUUGGGCUAAUCCUCUCAGUAUCACCGCCAAAUCUAACAGGACACAGUGGACGUUAUUUUGGAACAUAACAUCUCGGAUUUUACAUAAUGGCUCAGUUUUGUGGAAAAUGGGAACUAGUUUCAUGCGAUGAGAAUUUCGACAAAUAUAUGGAGGCUGUUGGCGUAAGUCCUGAAAUGAGAAAAUUGGCCCAGACUGCACUGACUGCUGGAUCCAAACUUGUUCUCAACAUUUCUGUGGAUGGCAACAAAUGGUCCAUAGGAUUGCUAACCAAAGAAGGGGAGAAGACUGAUGUUUUCAUUGAAGGAGAACCAGUUGAAGUAACCACUCUAGACGGCCGAAAAGUCAAGACUACGUAUACAUUGGAAGGAGAUUCACUAGUUGAACUACAACAAGGCGAUGGCUUUGAGUCAAGGAACGUGAGAACAGUGAAUGGAGACACAAUGACAAUGAUUCUAACUACCAAGUCUGUGACCUGCACUAGAAUAUACAAGAAAAUUUCUUAAAGGCAAGCUUCUUGGCUACAAGUUUGAGAAUUUGUUUACCAAGUAUUUUGAUUUGUUUUUGCUUGAGAUCAUGAAACCCAUGGUCUGUGUUAAUGUAAAUUGUGGAUAAUUGAUUGUAAAUGUCGGCUAUAUGAUUAUUUGUGACUAAUUUAUUGUACACUAUAAGUGACUAAUUUAUUGUACACUACUGACUAAUUUAAUUAAAUCAUUUCUUUCUGUUGUUUCUUGGGGAGGGGGGUAUAAUAAAAGUUUUUUUACAUGUAUUAAAAUCAGUAUUAAAUGAAGUCUUGAUUUGUAUGAUGUAUAUUGUAUCGAGUGUUUAUAUAAACAUAGACCUAAUUGAAAGAUCAAUAUUUAAAUUAGGUGAAAAGCUUUAAGUUAGUUAAGUGAAGAGCUUGCUUUACGUUAGGUGAAGAGCUUAAAGUGAAGAGCUUUAAAUUAGGUGAAAAGCUUUAAGUUUGGUAAAGAGCUUUAAUUUAGGUGAAGAGCUUUAAAUUAGAUGAAGACCUUGCUAUAAGUUAGGUGAAGAGCUUUAAGAUAGGUGAAAACCUUGCUUUAACUAAUCUAUUUUAAAUAUGUAACAUUUAAUAGUUACAUACAAGCUAUUAUAUAGAAGUAUAGACAAAAACUUAAAUUACAAAACAAAAAAUUAUAAAUGUACUAAUAAAGUAUAUUCUCAAACAAGGAAAAUAAAUCAUAACAGAUUUAGAAUAAAUGGAUUUAUGAUAGAUUUAAGAACAAUUUUUACGUCUGUUGAUAGUAAAUGUCAUGUAUGGUGAUCAUAGAUAGAGAUUUAAUUUAAAAUCAAUUGAUCUUAUGGCAAGUCUGGUGAUCAUAAAGCUAAUAUAUUUUCUAAUGGAUAUGUUUGUGAAUUUUUUUUUAGACAACUCGUGUUUUUAUUCCAUUGGAAUAAACUACAAACAAACUUAUUAAAUUACACUUUCCUUCUUCAAUGAAGAUGAUUAUGUCCUACAACUAAUAAUAUACAUCUAACAGAAUAACUACUCAAGUAUUUUGUAAUUCUACAUUGCUGUUCUUUGAUAAGUGGUCAAAUGUUUCUAUUCAAAGUCUUCAAAGUUCAUUUUAAAAUUCUAGGAUUAGAUCUCUGGUGUCCAAACUUUAUAGGUCUAUAGGGGACAUAAAGUUUCUUAAGGCUACAUCACCAUAGAAAAUUGUUGACUCUAUUGGAACUGAGCCUCUGGCAGGAGGUUCAAGGAGCUGGAUAGCACAGCAUCACAGGCUGGAUAUGUCCAACACCCACAGGCUAUAGUUUGGAAAUCAAUGAUGUCAAUGAAAUCAAUGAAUACAUUUUCAAAGUUUUAAAUAUAACUAAGCUUUAUUAUAUCAGUAAAAGAUGUACAUUUGUGUCUAGAGUGAGUGUCACUCUACACAAGUAACUGUGAACUCGCACAAGUGUGUGUCUCUAUACAUUGGUUUCUGUAAUAAAUUCAUCACUUUGGACUUUUAUUUAUUUUUUUACAUGUUUGAUGGUCAAUGUCAUUUUGUAAGAAAUUGUAAAGGAAUAAAUUGACUUUUAAAGUGCAAAGACAACACUUGAGUUAUAAUUACCAUCAAGCUUGAUUUAGAGCAAGAAUCUUAUAAUUGAAAGUGAAAUAAAUGAUAUUUUAUUACA